AUGCUUACCUCCACUCAAGUGCCCGCACCAGUCCGAAGUGACGAGCCCAAUGGUUUUCCAGUCGAGAAGCCAUCACGCUCUCCGGCCCAGCGGCCCGAGCUGAGCCUCGAGCACCAGAAGAUCGUCAAGUCUACUGCGCCCGUCUUGGCCGAGCACGGCACAGCCAUCACUUCGCACUUCUACAAACGCAUGCUGGGCAACCACCCCGAGCUCCGCAACAUAUUCAACUCCGCACACCAAAGCACGGGCACGCAACCAGCAGCUCUUGCCAGUGCGGUGUGGGCAUAUGCCGCCAACAUUGACAACUUGGGCGCUUUGACGAGCGCAGUGUCUCGGAUCGCUCACAAACACGUCAGUCUCGGGGUCACGCCCGAGCAGUACCCCAUUGUGGGCGAAAACCUGCUCGCCUCCAUUAAGGAGGUGUUGGGCGACGCGAUCAACCAACCUAUUUUGGACGCCUGGGCCGCGGCGUACCAACAACUUGCAGACAUCUUUAUCGACGUCGAGCGCGACUUAUACGAAAAGGCCGAGCACAGUCCCGGCGGCUGGACAGGAUGGCGCAAGUUCAGAGUUGCCCGCAAAGUCCCCGAGAGCGAUGAAAUCGUCUCGUUCUACCUGGAACCCGUAGAUGGAGGCCCGCUACCGGCUUUCAAGCCGGGCCAGUACAUCUCCGUAAGAGUCUUCCUGCCGGAGCUGGGAGUGUACCAGCCUCGCCAAUACAGUCUCUCCGACACGGACGACGGAAAACACUUCCGGAUCUCUGUGAAGAGGGACGCCGGCAUUAGCCCUGCGCCGCCCGGACGAGUCUCGAAUAUCCUGCACGAGAACCUGCCAGAGGGUGCCGAGCUGGAUGUGAGCAACCCCUUUGGCGAUUUCUUCCUCGACGUCGCCGGCUCCAACGAGCCCGUGGUGCUAAUUAGCGGCGGCGUCGGGCUCACGCCCAUGCUGUCCAUGCUGGGGACGCUGGUCGAGCGCGCCCCCUCGCGGCCCGUUGUCUUCGUCCACGCCGUCCGCAACGGCAAGGUCCACGCCAUGAAGGACUACCUGGCCCGCAUCAUGGCGGAGAACCCGCAAGUGUCGCGGGCCAUCUACUACGAAGAAACCAGCGACGGCGACCGCGAGGGCGUCGACUACGACUUUGUUGGCCGCAUCCUUCUCGACGACAUCAAGGAUAAAGUCCUCCUGCCCGGCGCGAGCUACUACCUGUGCGGACCUAUCCCGUUUAUGCGCCUCCACCGGAAGGCCCUUGAGGACCUCGGCGUGCCUCCCGAGCGGAUUCACACUGAAGUGUUCGGCUCGGGCGUGGCUUAG